AGAGAAGUAAAUGUCGGGCACGCUUGGGAUGGGCGUUACGUGGGAACUAACCGGCUGGCACCUAUUCCCUGGGGCAGGGCACAAAGUGCAAUAGGUUGCGGCACCUCAAUCCUCGCUGCUGAUUGGCUGAGCCGGAGGUACCGGAAGGAGCUGCCUGUGGGCUUCCUGUCUUCCGUGGGGAACCGAGUAGAAUGAGCGGCUCCGGGGGGAGGCGGCGGGGAGCGGGGCCCGGGACAGCGACACAGAGGGAGGAGUCACUAUCUUGGCGCAAGCAAAAAUCCCUGCAAAUACACCGAGCCCUGACCUCUGACCCUGUGGAUAUCGACGUGCUGAGGGGGGCAGCGGAGAGCGACGGGGGGCUAUUGAGCCAGGAGAUUCGCAGGAAGGUCUGGCCCAAACUGCUCAGUGUCAAUGUCUUCCACCUCCCUCCAAAACCAGGCCGCGGGGUUCGCUGCAGGCACCCAGAUUAUAACCAGGUUCAGAUGGACGUGAGGCGCUCGCUGAAACGCUUCCCUGCAGGAAUGCGCGAUGCAGAGCGCUCGGUGCUGCUGGAACAGCUCACUGACAUGAUUCUCUCUGUGCUGCAGUCUCACCCUGAGCUGCACUAUUACCAGGGCUUCCAUGAUAUCGCCGUCACCCUGCUGCUGACAGUUGGACUCCGACUGGGCACAGGCAUGCUCUCCACCCUCGCUACUCAUCACCUACGGGAUUUCAUGGACCCCACCAUGGACCGGACCAAGCACAUUCUGCAUUACCUGAUGCCGCUGAUACAGAGUGAGAGUAGUGAGCUGCACAGCUUCCUUGUAAGGUCAGAGGUCGGCUGUAUCUUCGCUCUCAGUUGGCUGAUCACAUGGUACAGCCACGUCCUUACUAACUACCAGCACAUCCUGCGGCUCUAUGACUUCUUCCUGGCAUCGCACCCCCUCAUGCCCGUGUACUGCGCUGCCCAGAUGGUGUUAAUGCGGGAGCAGGAGGUGCUGAGGUGUGAGUGUGACAUGGCGAGUGUGCACCAACUCCUCUCCCGCAUCCCCACUCACUUCCCCUACGGGACUCUCGUCUCCCUCAGCCUCGGUCUCUUCCGAAGGCACCCGCCGACCCGGCUCCUCCAACUCACCUCUCAGCACAAAAGUUUUUCCGUUGCAUCAUUUCAUUCUCUUCAGAUCUCGAGCUCCUCUCAGCGGCCGGACUCCAUUCUCCAGAGAGAGGCAGAAUCGGACCCCCCAGCGGAACCCUCGCCUCCCCCGCCCCCCCGCUCUCAGAACCCCCUUGUGAAACUUGCAGUGUGGGGUCUCUCUGCCUCUAUUGGGGCUGCGGCCCUUGCGGUGGCUCAGAGCGCCCUUGAGCUCGGCCCAGAACUGCUAAUGGGUCUGUUCUGAGUAUCCGGUGAGGGAACGAAAUAUGUUGUGUGGAUAACAAUCUCUGGGACAGAGGAGCCCUGAUUGUGGGGCACAGGGGCACUAUACCCAACCAUGUUCCCAUAAUGCCCUAAAGCAUUUC